CCUGUUUAUAAACAACACAGAUCUCUCCACUGUCAGCUCCUGCACACUGCUUUGUAUGGCUCUGCAUAGCACAGCCCUACAAAGCAGUGUGCAUACAGUGAAACACACACACAGCACACAUAGUGAAAUACACACACAGCACACAGUUAACCCUUUGAUCACCCCACGUGUUAACCCCUUCCUGCCCAGUGCCAUUAGUACAGUGUCAGUGCAUUUUAUUAGCACUGAUUACUGUGUUGGUGUCACUGGGGAUGGCAGUGACACCAAGUCAGUUCCCCCCAGUGUCAGAAUGCCCAGCAGUCCAUCUAUA